AUGUUACUCUGUACCUUGGUCAGUAUCCGUUUUUAUAGAAUGUAUCAAAUAAAGCAUCAGCAUCCAGGGCGAGCGUACUUGGGUGCUCCCUUCUCUGUAAACGAAGUGAGUUACGUCUCCUACAACUUUAGGAAUGGUGAUUUUAGCGAACGCAAGCCGAGAUGCAAAGGUGAUACAGGCAGGCGCAGCGACUGCGCGAUUUUCAACUGGACGCACGAAGUGAACCAAUGUGUUAACAUCACGCUGGAGGUGAAUACUUUCCACACGGCUAUCCUCCACUCCCAUGUGCCAGCACAUCUACCAAUGACUUGGUUGGACAAGCGUCUCUGCCAACUACUCUUCCAACAACCUUCACCAGCUUCUUUUCUAAACGCUCUUGCAGCCAUUCAAUAUCAGAAGGCACAAAUUGACUCCUGUCAAAGCCUUUUAUCAACGCUGGCGCAGAACCGACAACACAUUUCUAUGCACUUUCGCCUUCUCUAA